UUCGAAACGGAAACGCGCGCGUGCGCCGCAAUCGAAUUCGAUCAAGUAUUUGGAUUUCAAAUUGGAUUUUUUCGCCGUUUCGGUCAAGUUCUGAAUCACUUGGAGUGACACACAUAAGGCAAGGUCGCGGACUACCACAUCGCCCCGUAAAGUCAAUAAAUAUGGAAGGCCAGGCCAAGCAAGCGUACUUCGUCAAUGAGGCAUUUACCCACGAAGAACCUCCCCAAGGUGGAGGUGGAGGCGACACGCUGCAUCGCCGGAAAAGUGGUGGCAACAAAGAACUCCAGCUGGAUGUGGGUGGCUUCAAGAAGGGUCAGGAUGCGACAGGUGGAUCCAAUGAUCCACCGCCACCCAGCAUGGACUUUGAUGACAUACUCCCCCUGAUCGGGGAGUUUGGAAGAUAUCAAAAGUUGCUGUUCAUCUGCAUGAUACCCUUCUCGUUCUUCGUGGCCUUCGUGUACUUUUCGCAAAUAUUUCUCACCUUGAUACCCGAACAGCAUUGGUGUCAUGUUCCCGAGCUGGACGCCUUGGAUGUGGAGGCCAGACUGGCGCUUUCCAUACCCAUGACCAAGGGGGAGUACAACAAUUGUUACAUGUACGACGUCAACUACACGGAGAUACUGGCCCAGGGCAAGGUGAUGGCCGAUCCCAAGUGGCCGCAGGUCAAGUGUCGCCACGGCUGGUCAUAUAACUUCACGGAGAUCCCCUACUCGACGGUGGCCACCGAACAGAAUUGGGUGUGCGACGACGCCGCCCUGCCCACCUACGCCCAGUCCAUAUUCUUCCUGGGCGCCAUCGUGGGUGGACUCCUCUUCGGUUGGGUGGCGGAUCGAUUCGGUCGCAUUCCCGCCCUAAUUGGGACCAAUAUGAUGGGACUCCUGGCCGGAGUGGGCACUGCGUUUGUCAGCAACUUCUGGCAGUUUGCAGCCAUGCGAUUCUUUGUGGGUUUCGCCUUCGACAACUGCUUCACCAUGAUGUACAUUUUGGUUCUCGAGUACGUUGGUCCCAAGUACCGCACCUUUGUGGCCAACAUGUCCAUAGCUAUAUUCUUCACUGGUGCCGCCUGCCUUCUUCCCUGGAUUGCGUACUUCUUGGCUGAUUGGAAACUACUGGCCAUCGCGACCUCCGCCCCGCUUCUGCUGGCCAUAUUCACCCCGUUUGUGGUGCCAGAAUCAGCUCGUUGGUUGGUCUCCCAGGGAAAAGUGGACAAGGCCAUUGGAAUCCUGAAGAAACUUGAGAAGGGAAAUGGUCGUCAGGUGCCCCCUCAAACAUAUCAGAUUUUCGCAGACAGCUGCAAGAGGAUGAGGGAACAGGAGGCCCAGAAUGGCAGUUACUCCGUACUGGAUCUUUUCAAGUCACCGCGAUUGCGACGAACCACAUUGCUGCUUAUUGUUAUCUGGAUGGCUAUAUCUCUGGUUUUCGACGGACAUGUAAGGAAUGUGGGUUCCCUGGGACUGGACAUCUUCUUCACCUUCACAUUGGCUUGCUUCACGGAACUGCCUGCAGAUACUCUCCUUACGGUGAUCCUGGAUCGUUUUGGUCGCCGCUGGCUGGCCUGCAGCUCCAUGGUCCUCAGUGGAGUGUUCAGUCUGUUGGCCACUGUGGUGCCCGUUGGCAUUUACUCAGCUGCCUUGGCCAUUAUGGGUCGGUUUUUUGUGAACAUCAGCUACAAUAUUGGCCUCCAGUGGGCGGCGGAGGUGCUGCCAACAGUGGUUAGGGCCCAAGCUGUGGCCUUCAUCCACAUAAUGGGCUAUGUGGCCAGCAUCAUUGCUCCGUUUGUGGUUUAUCUGGCCAACAUUUCCCAGGCCUUACCACUAAUCAUCCUGGGAAUUUUGGGAAUCAUUGGUGGUCUGCUGGCGUUGCUUCUUCCGGAGACUCUUAAUCAUGUACUACCACAAACCCUAAGCGAUGGUGAGGAGUUUGGACGUGGACAGAGCAUUUGGGACUUCCCCUGUUUGGCCAAACAGGUGGACGACGAUGAGGAUGAGAAGAGGAACGCCGACGUGGAGGAGGUGCGAUCUCAGGCAUUUGUGAGGGGAACCCAGACGGGCGCAUCCUUGAAUGCAUCUACGGGUGGCGAACUGAGAUCCAGCAUCCUGCGCAGAUCGACCAAGUCUCGCAAUUCCACGAAGCUGUAAAGGAUCAGCUCUAUAACUAACUAUUAGGUAGCUAAUUGUUAUAGCAGCCAAUAAUCUGUAGCUCUGCCUUGCAUUUGUAGCAUCAUGUAGCCUCUAAGUGUCGUUAUAGACAUUUGUGAUACUAGAAAUAAGAAAUUCUAUACGCCUCUCAAUAAAGUCAACAAUUUCAGCAACAUAA